UUGUGUGGAUUAUGGAUCAGUAACUCAUCUUGCUCUGUGAACGGGAGACACCAGGCGGUUUUAUGCAAAAGUGCAGCAUAAGUCCAAGUACGUUCUGCGCAAGUGCAACAUACAGACUCCAAAAUGGCGGCCUACGUGUACACAUCACUCAAACUCCACAUAGACCCAGAGAAGUUCUAUGUGGAGGCGCUGGACUCUAACGAGCUGAUGAUCAUCGACCGUGUGAGUUAUGAGAUCACGCUGGUGGAGAACAAGGGACAGAUCCCGCCCUCCGCCAUCACACGCACCAUCUUUGGCAUCAUGGGAGUUGUGAGACUCAUAGCCAGUCCUUACCUUAUAGUGAUCACCAAGGUAUCUAAGGUAGGAGAUGUUGAACACCACCCCAUCUGGAGAGUGGAGGACACUCAGGUCAUUCCCUACACACGAUCUGUCGACCAUCUCAAUGACCAACAGAAACAAGCGAACCAUGACUACCUGCGGAUGAUAGAGGAGGUCCUGCGACAGAACGGGUACUACUUCUCCAGUACCUACGACCUGACUCACACGCAGCAGAGGCUCAACAACACCAGCGCUGAGUUCCUCACAUUCCCGCUGUAUGAGAGGGCUGACCAAAGAUUUGUGUGGAAUGGACACCUGCUGAGGGAGUUCACAUCACAACCUGAGCUCCACAGGUUUAUCCUCCCUGUCCUUCAUGGCUAUGUGGUGAUUAAGCAGUGUCAUGUAAACCAGCGUCCCUUCAAGCUCAUCGUUAUCUCACGCCGUUGCUGCUACCGUGCCGGAGUCCGCUACUACAUGCGAGGGGCGGACUUCGAGGGACACACGGCCAACUACGUGGAAACGGAACAGAUCAUGGACUAUGAGGGCAGCCGUGGGUCCUUUGUACAGACCAGAGGUUCCGUGCCCCUGCACUGGUCCCAGAGACCUAACCUGAAGUACAAGCCCACUCCUAUCAUCAGUACUGCACUCAAACAGCAAGAUGGGUUCCAGAGGCAUUUUGACAGCCAGAUUGUUCUGUAUGGGAGACAGAUCGGUGUCAACCUGCUUGACCAGAAGGGGUUUGAGAACAAGCUGGUGAGGGCCUACGAAGAUGCUGUCAAGAAUUCGAACAGUGACAAUAUCAGGAUCGAAUCAUUUGACUUCCACCGUGAGUGCCGGGCCCUCCAGUGGCACAGGCUGUCUCUCCUCAUGGACCGGCUGGCAGAGGAUCAGGCCAAGAUGGGGUAUUAUCUGUGCAGAAGUGACGGCUCUGUAGCCAGGCUGCAGGACGCUGUGUUCAGGACCAACUGUAUCGACUGCCUGGACAGGACCAAUGUAGUUCAGAGCAUGCUUGCUAGGAGGAGCCUCCAGUCCCAGCUACAGGAGGUGGGAAUCUUGUCUCUUGGAGAGAGAUUAGAAGACCACAAUGACUUUGAGUUUAUCUACAAGAACUUGUGGGCUGACAAUGCAGAUGCCCUGGCUAAACAGUAUGCAGGGACUGGGGCUCUCAAGACAGACUACACAAGGACUGGGAGGAGGACCAUCCCUGGUCUGUUGAUGGACGGCUACAACUCUGCCAUCAGGUACAUGAAGAACAACUUCUACGAUGGAUUCAGACAGGAUGCGAUAGACUUGUUUGUUGGGAACUACAUUGUUGACGAGGCAGAGUGCAUCAACAAGCCUUGUCCUCUCCAGCAGCCCAGGAGUGUCAGAUAUACUGUGCUGCCCUUCUUCCUGUUGAUCGCGCUGUCCAUGUGCUUCAUCUGUCUGCUCAUUCCCGCAGGUAACGUGGAUAUUCCCUCAGCUCUCCUGGACGGGGGUGGGGAUAGCGAUCGCGCACAGAGCUCGGGCGGACUGGAGUCUGCAGCUGUUGUAUGUGCUGUUCUGGGGCAUGGCCAGCAUCACCACCCUGGCUAUAGUGUACUAUAACGGCAUCGAGUUUGUGGACAAACCCAAACUGACUCAGGCUAAAGCUAAGAGAGAAUGAGAUGAGGAGGGCUACAGGCUGUAUUGUGAGAUGAUGGGGAUUGGGCCAGGGGACUACGACAAUCAGGACUCCCAAGCCAGGGUUCAAGUCCCAGAAGUCUUAGUCCUACAUGUAUGACAAAAGUGUUUACAUUGGGGGGAGGGGGGUCAUGAAAUCGAGGUGAAAUCGUUAGCAUUGCUAGCAGUGAAUUAUCUGCACGAAUACUAUGCCGCUUGCUGAAUUUAAAAGGGGAUAGUCAUGAUUAUCUUUCCUAAAUGUAAUGUAAAUAGGAAAAUAACUAGUGUCCAAUUUUGUGCUACUUGUCAGGAAGAUGUGCUUGGAAAGGCAUCAUGUGCAAUGCAAUAGGGGUGAGUGUGUGUACAUGUACA